GGAGCGGCCGCCGUAGAAGAAGAAGAAGCGGCCGUUGACGCUGUUCCUGUCACAGAGCAAAUGCGCAUCCAGCAGCCCGGAGCCGCGGAGCGAACGAACGGCUACAGCCUGGGAAACGACACGUUAGCGCGGAAAAGAAAACAGCGCGUCAGGGCGAAGAACGAAACCGAGGGCAAAGUCUGUGGCACGGCAGAGAACAUGGCGGGCGAACGCCGCAGUGGGAACCUGCUGGUCCAGCUCGGUCCGAAGCUGCAGGCGUAUCCUGAGGAGUUGAUCCGCCAGCGCCGCACCCACGACGGCCUGAUGGAGUACCUGAUCCGCUGGUGCCUCGUCACCAUCGAUGAUGGCUCCAGCUCUGGAGGUGGGGCCAGUGAAGUGGGCGGGGCAGUCGGGGGCAGUGCCGGAGUGGGCGGGUCUGGCAGCUCCACCUCAGAAGCCAAAACGGAGAACAUCCUGAUGUGGAUGUCGACGGAGGACGUGUACGCGAACUGUCCCACACUGCUGGGCAAAAGAAAGACCGACGCACAGCGCCCCCUGCAGCCACAGGAGAAGCAGCAUGGCGGCGAGUCGACAGAAGGAGGCCAGAGGAGCGGCGGCGACGAGUUUCCCACCGACGUCACCUUUGACGAGGUGGAGCUGUCGGACAUGAAGGAGGAUGUGAAGAACCUGGUGCGGCGAGCACGGAAGCAAAUGGCCAAGAAGAGCGACUUCUCCAUCAGUAUCACGCACACCAUCCACGUGCUGAGCGCCUACGCCAGCAUUGGCUCGCUGGUCGGCGUCUUUAAGGAGACGGGCGCGCUCAACCUGCUGAUGGAGCUGCUGUGCAACAAGGAGACGCAGACGAGACGCAGCGCCGGGAAAAUGCUGCGCGCGCUGGCCUCACACGACGCAGGAAGCCGCGCCUAUGUCCUUCUGUCCCUCAGUCAGCAGGACGGCAUCGAGCAGCACAUGGACUUUGACAACCGCUACACUCUGCUGGAGCUGUUUGCCGAGACCACGUCGUCUGAGGAGCACGGCAUCUCCUUUGAGGGCAUCCACCUGCCACAGAUUCCAGGGAAGCUGCUCUUCUCUCUGGUGAAGCGUUACCUGUGCGUCACGUCCCUGAUGGACAAACUCAACACAGGGGGGGCGGAGUUAAGCUCCGACAGACAGGAUGGCAGCCCCUGCCCCGCCUCCUCUGCCAACUCCGCCCACCAGGCAGAGCAUCUGCGUGUCCAGCGGGAGUUCGACUUCACCAUGGCGAUGGCCAACCUGAUCUCCGAGCUGGUUCGAGUGAUGGGCUGGGACCGCAACCGCCAGUCCCCCGACAGCUCUGCCUACCGUCUGGGAGGGGGAGGGGCCUGUGCAGAGGAGCAGGUAGAAGAAGGGGCACGCCCCGUCCUCAGGUCCAUCUUCCAGCCUCGGUUUUGCGCCUCCUCCGUCGUCGUCCCCGUAACCUCUGCUGCUGCUGCCACUGCAGCGCCCGCCACCUCUCCACCGAAGAAGAAGACGGGAAAUGGGUUCAAAACUCGCCCUGACUUCAGCAGUCGCCCCGCCUACGUGGAAUACAUCCAGGACAACCUGAAGUGCGGCAUGAUGGUCCGUAUGCUGGAGGACUAUGAGGAGGUGAGCGCAGGGGACACGGGAGAGUUUCGCUACAGCAACGACGGAUCGCCACCGGUUCAGGUGUACUGGAACUCCCUGUCCAGGACUUACUGGGUCCACUGGCACAUGGUGGAGAUCCUGGGCAGCGGCAAUCAGACCGAGAAAGAGACGCAGGAGAAGGCGUCGACGCUCACAGAGAUGCUCAAACUCACCACAGUGAGUCCGACGUUCUUCUCGAAGCCUCCUGGUGGACUCUACUCGCUGCCGUAUCUGACUGACGGUCUGCAGGUGGAGCCGGUGACGCUGAGCAGAGCAGAGUGGUGGGAGGUUCUGUUCUUCAUCAAGAAGCUGGAACCAAAGCAGCAGCAGGAAGUCAACGAGCUCCUGAGACAGAGUCUCCACGAGCAGGACGGUGAGCUGGACGACGUGUCCCUCAUCGGUUUGUCUGUCCACGGAGAUGUUGCCAAGAAGCUGCUGCACUUCCUGAAGCAGAAGCUUCCGUCGUCGUGUCUCAGUGACCUGCUCUGCUCCCACGCCUUCACCAAACACUACCUGAGGCGAGGAGGAGCAUGUCUGGAGGACGAGGAGCUGCUGGCUGAAAGCUCGCUGCCUUCAACGGCUUUGGGAGGAGGGGGAGGAGCUUCAGGCUCCACCGCUGAUGAAGAGGUGGCCUCCGUAUCCAAGAAACCGAAGAAGGACAGUCCCGUGGACUCUGGUAUAAGCAGCUCAGAGACGGAGAGCGAGCUUCCCACGGAGGACGUCAGCAGAUACCCCGAAGAUCUGGAGGACAAGAUAAAAGUGUUCAACAACCCGCGUGUCCAGGGGAAGAAGACCGUGUUGGAGAAGAUCGGAGAGGUGGUGGACAUCCUGAAGAAGGCGGGGUCAGGCUCUGACAAUGUCCAGCAGCUGGUGGCCGUCCUCUUCAUCACCAGGCUGCUGGAGGACAAGAGCGUCCAGAAGAACUACACGAGGAGCGACUGCAUCCAGAGCGUACGGGACAAAGUGCUGAAGCUGCUGGUGGACCUCCUGUCCUCCCCGUGUAAGGACGUGGUCGUCACGUCGCUCAGACUCACUCACGUCCUGAUGAUGAAAUACGAUUGGAGGGUUCCCUUCGCCACGGAGGGCGGAGUCAAAGCCAUUCUGUCCUGCAUGCAGGAGUUUUCCUCCGUCGCACACGUCCAGCAGCUGGCGCUGGCGACUCUGAAGGUCAUCACCGGCGCCAGUAAACACGACCUCCGCAGCGUCGGCAGCGCUCUCCCUCUCUCUGAGUCCGGGACGCAGAUGAUGCUGCAGAUCUUCGCCAGUAUCGGCUCGGCCACGCCUGAGGGCUCGCCGGGUCUGCUGGGAACCGUCCCCGCCGCCAUCGACCUGAUGCUGCAGACUCCGGGCUGCGUGCCGUCGGUGCGUAACGGCCUCCUGGUCGUCGUCAUGCUCAUCUCCAACCACAAGAGUCUGGCGGAGCAGCUGGUCGCCUGUGACGUCACCGCCGUCCUCAUGAAGUGUCUGACUCUGCCCCGCCCCGAGGCCAUGCUCGCCAUCGUCGCCCUCAACCACAUCUCCAUGGUGCACAAACUGGAGAGUAAAGUGGGCGGGGCUCAGUGGGACCUGAAAGACGCCGAGCUGCAGAUGUUGGUCGUGAGCCUGAAGGAGGCGACGAAGGAGGUGAUUCAGACGAUGGAGCAGCUGCUGUGUGACGACACCACACAGCUGGAGGAGGGGCGGAGCCAGGUGACCCACAGUCGUGAAACCUUCCAGGACGUGGUCCGUCUGAUGGAGCAGCACCGAGUGGACCGGGCCACACAGCUCUCCAUCCUCAGGAUCCUGAGCAAGUUUCUGGACAACUACCAGGAAGAUCUUCUGCCGUGGCACGAGAGCAUCGAGCCCUGCCUGUCGUCCCUGCUGGCCUUCAUCAACGACAGAGAGGUGGUGCAGCAGUUUGUCCGCUUCAUGUACCGCCUGGCGUCUCUGAACAAAGACUACACCGUGGUGAUGUGUCGUCUGGGCACCAAAGACGCGCUGGUCAAAGCGCUGGACAAACACGGCACCAACCUGCUGCUGGUCGGCGAGCUGCGAGACCUCGUCGUCGACUGCGACAAGUACGCCAGUCUCUACAAGAAGAUGACCACCAGCGUCCUCGCCGGCUGCAUCCAGAUGGUGCUGGGUCAGAUCGAGGAGCACCGUCGCAGCCAUCAGCCGAUCAACAUCCCGUUCUUCGACGUGUUCCUCAGGAACCUCUGCCAAGGGUCCAGUGUGGAGCUGAAGGAGGACAAGUGCUGGGAGAAGGUGGAGGUUUCGUCCAAUCACCAUCGAGCAAACAAACUGACCGACAAGAAUCCAAAGACGUACUGGGAGUCCAACGGCUGCACGGGCUCGCACUUCAUCAACGUCUACAUGCACAAAGGAGUGAUUGUCAGACAACUCGCCAUCCUGGUAGCGAGCGAGGACUCCAGCUACAUGCCGGCACGGAUCCUGGUUCUGGGGGGAGACGACCCAACCAACAUAAGCACGGAGCUCAACACGGUGAAUGUGACGCCGUCGGCCGGGCGUGUGGUUCUGCUGGAGAACGUGACCCGGUUCUGGCCCAUCAUCCAGAUUAGGAUCAAGCGGUGUCAGCAGGGAGGUAUCGACACUCGGGUCCACGGGUUCGAGGUUCUGGGUCCGAAGCCGACAUUCUGGCCCGUGUUCAAGGAGCAGCUGUGCUGUCGCACGUAUCUGUUCUACAGCACCAAGGCCCACACCUGGUGUCAGGAGGUGAUGGAGGACAGAACUCAGCUUCUGCAGCUCUUCAACAAGUUGAACAGUGCUCUGAAACACGAGCAGAUGUUUGCUGAUCGUUUCCUGCCUGACGCUGAAGCGGCUGAAGCUCUGGGUCGAACCUGCUGGGAGGCUCUGAUCACACCCAUCGUCCACAGUAUCACACUGUCAGAAUCCCCAGCGUCCAGCCCUCUCUCCUGGCUGCUCUGUGAGUACCUGGAUAAUUCUGAAUCCGCUCGCCGCUGCAAGAGCCGGGCGGCCAUCUUUAACUCCAGGGUGAGACGCCUGACUCACCUGCUGGUCCACGUGGACACGAGCCGCACGGACGGCGAGGAGCUCAAACCGCCUGUGAAAUCCAAAGGUCUCAACAGAAGCAAAGAGCUCAAGAACGGUAAAGAUAGUAAAAACAAAGAAGCCGCUGCCGCCGCCUCCUCUUCCUCCUCAUCUUCCUCUGCCAAGCCCAAAGUUAAGAGCAGCAGCAGCAGCAUCGCAGGCAUUGCCCUCUGUUGGCAGGGAGUUGUAAAGCGCCAGGUGAAGAAGUUCCUGGAGUCGAGCUUCAGUCAGCCAGACUUCGUCGAACGUUAUCGGACUCUUUACCUGCGGCUGAAGAAUGCCAUGGAGGAGCUGUUUGGUCAACAGACGGCGUUCGUCCUUGCCCUUCGACACGGUUUCUCUGCUGCACUGUUACAGCUGUCCAUCCUCAGAGCAAUGCACGUCAGCGAGCGUUUCGCUCAGUACACUGAUCAGAUGAUCCAGGUGGCGGCGUCGGGCAGUGUGGAGACUCAGCAGCGGCUGCAGCAGUUUCUGGAGCCGAUGCUCUUCCUGUCGGGCCUGGAGCUCGCCACCACUUUCGAGCACUUUUACAGGUACUACAUGGGCGACCGGCUGCUGGCUCAGGGGAACGUGUGGUUGGAAAGCGCCGUGGUGGAUCAGAUCGGCAGCUGCUUUCCGAGCCGCUUCCCUCAGCAGAUGCUGAAGAACCUGAGCGAGUCAGCUGAGCUGCAGCAGGAGUUUCACCAGUACCGACUGCAGCAGUUUGAUCGCCACCUGCAGGAGCACGACCAGGUGACGCCUCCACGCCGUGUUCUCACACAGAUGAUGGAGGAGGAGUGGGCGGAGUCAGAGGAUGAGGCUGACGUCCGCGUUCUGGUUCUGUCUCCACGCUGCUGGAAUGUGUCCUCGUUCUGCUUCCUGGACGAACCAGGAAAACAUUUCCCAUCAGAACUGUGUUCAUACCUGAACCAGUUCACCCAGUUCUACGCCCACAGUCAGUCCAUGUAUGGUCUGAGUCACUCUAAGCCACGGCGUCUCCAGUGGACGUGGCUCGGUCACGCUGAGCUGCAGUUUGGCCUCCGGACUCUGCACGUGUCCACACUGCAGAUGUUUAUACUGCUGCAGUUCAACCAGCAGGAGGAGGUGGAGGCGGAGUCUCUGCUGCAGGCGACCGCUCUGUCCGCUGUCGUCCUGCUGCACGCUCUGACACCGCUCAUCAGUGAGGAGGGGCCGCUGACCUGCAGUCGACCUGAUGACCCCUGCCAAGGUGUGCUCAGGUUGAGCCAGCAGGUGGCGUCCCGCAGUCAUAGCGGCGUCCAGACAUCUGUCCACCUGCUGCCCAAACAGACGUACCUAAAGGUGGACGAGGACGCGGCGGCGGCGCUGGAGAGGAAGAGGAACUUCAUCUACUGUCUGAUCGUCCACAUCAUGAAGCAGGAGAAGGAGAUGCACAUGGACAACCUGGUCUUCAAGGUCCUGGACUCGUGUCAGAAGCGAGAUGCGGCGCGGCCGCUGGGCGGCGGUCGUUUCAGCUGCAGCACGGCUGACGUCCUCUCCUGCAUCAUGCACGUCAUCAGCAAAGGCUGCGUCCGCCGCAACGACGACAACCCGCACAUCGUGGAGUUCAUCCCCAGCGACCCGUCCACGCCGCAGAAAGGUCAGGCCCAGUUCUCCUUCAGCGACGGUGCCGAGAGCCGCGCUGACAGCUGCGCCGACAUCAGCCUGGCGUUGUCUCCGCUGCGGUUUGAGGACGGCGUUCUGGACACCGUCCUCUUCUCGAUGGGUCGAACGAUGACGCCAGAGGAAGUCCGUCAGCUGAUGCAGAGGACGGUCCAUCAGGUCUCUGGGACUCUGAGUCUGGACGAGGAUCGGGCCGAGCACCUGCUGCUUCACUGUAAGUGGAACGUGGACCUGCUGGUGCAGCGGUACACUGAUGACCCCGACGCCCUCAUGAUGGCCGCCGGCAUCAAGUGCAGGAACCCUGAGCCAACACCGAGCCCCACCUCCACCUGCCCGGUCUGCCUGAGCGCCCGCAGCACCACCGCUGAGCCGGUGCCACUGCUGAGCUGCAUGCACUACUGCUGCAGGUCAUGUUGGCAGGAGUAUCUGACAGCGAGGAUCGAACAGAACCUGGUGAUGAACUGUAACUGUCCGAUCACAGACUGUCAGGCUCAGCCCACGUCCCAGUUCUUCCUCAGCAUCCUGACCGACAAGGACACUGUCACCAAGUACAAAAGUGCCCUCCUCAGGGUGUACGUGGAGUGCUGCUCUAACCUGACGUGGUGCACCAACCCUCAGGGCUGUGAUCAGAUCUUGUGUAAGGAGAACAUGGGCAGCAUGGGAACCUGUUCCAAGUGCUGCUGGUCGUCCUGCUUCAGCUGCAACUUCCCCGAGGCUCACUACCCGGCGAGCUGCAGUCACAUGUCUCAGUGGAUGGAUGAUGGAGGUUUCUAUGAAGGGAUGACGGUGGAAGCUCAGAGCAAACAUUUAGCCAAACUCAUCUCCAAACGCUGUCCCAGCUGUCAGGCCCAGAUCGAGAAGAACGAGGGCUGCCUGCAUAUGACCUGUGCCAAGUGUAACCAUGGAUUUUGUUGGCGUUGCCUGAAACCAUGGAAACCGACGCACAAAGAUUAUUACAACUGCUCGGCCAUGGUGAGUAAAGCAGCUCGUCAGGAGAAGAAGUUCCAGGAUUAUAACGAGCGUUGCACCUUCCACCAUCAGGCCAAGGAUUUUGCGAUCACCCUGGAGAACAAAGUGUCGUCCAUUAACGAAGCUCUGCAGAUGAAGUCUCUGACGUUCGUCAUCGACGCCUGUAAAAUUCUCGCUCAGGCUCGGAAGGUGCUGGCCUACUCCUGCGUCUACAGUUAUUACAACCAGGAGACGGAGAAGAUGGACGUGAUGGAGCAGCAGAUGGAGGCACUGGACCUUCACACCAACGCCUUGCAGAUCCUGCUGGAGGAGACGCUGCUGCAGUGCACUGACCUGGCCUCAUGUGUCCGGCUGCUGAAACCAGAACACCUGAACACCGGACUGGAGCUGAUCCGACGCAUCCAGGAGCGUCUGCUCGCCAUCCUGCAGCAUUCCACGCAGGACUUCCGGGUCGGUUACCAGUCUAAGAGCGGUCAGGAACCAGAAUCUGCUCAGGCAUCAAACCUGUCCAAUAACAGCAACGCUAACAAAAAGUCGAAGUCGGACCGAGCGUCAGACUCUGGAGACUCAGACAACAACAACUACGCAGGUGAGGAAGGCGGCGACGAGGCAGAGGACGAGGACGAUGAGUACGAUGAAGAGUACGUCCCCGAGUGGCACGAGGACUACGACGAGGACGACAUUGACGAGGACGACUUGUUCUCCGACGACGACGAGUCCGAGAACCUGGAGCGGGACUUCAGCCCUUUCGACUGAGGCGGAGGGAAACGGAAACCUCCGCCCUUGAGUUGAAGAAUGAGAGGACGGGAGGGGCCUUGUUGUGGCCCCGCCCCCCUCCUCACCAACAUCUAUUGCCACCUGAGAAUGUCGGGAAUGUCAGGAGACGAUCAUUGGGACGUCCUCCGUCGCCUGAAUCCCAAACACCGCCCCCCCACAUCACAGCUGCACUUGCUUUUCUGCGCACUGUAUUUUAUUUUCUGUGUUUUCAUGAAGUCCGAUUACGGAAGAGGACCAGGGUCAUGUGACGCAAAAAAACUGAAACCAUUGGUUCCCAGUUAAUUUAAACAUUGGUAGUACUCUGAAACCUGUUUAUGUUAAACCAGUUAAAACCUGUUCAAUCCAGAUUACAUAGAACUCAAUCUGAACCCAGGUCAGCACAUUCUGGAACCAGUUCAAACCAGUUUAACCAAGUCUAAACUGGUCUAACACAUCAGAAAAUCCGUCUGAAACCAGGUUAACACAUUCCGGAACUCGUUUAAUCAAGGUGAGAAACAAUCUGAAACCUUUUCAGACCAGUCUACGUUGGUCAAAAUACUGAAACCAACCAGAAAACAAAGUUUUAGUAUUUAGUCGUCUGAAAACACUUGUUUCACAACUGGUUCCAAAACCAGUUAGAAGUUUGAACCCAGCCGAAGUCUUGUUUUUGCUAUUGGCACUGGUCUAAACUAGAAACUUUCUUUCAUGUUAGAACCAGUCUAAACCAGAGUUAAUAUCUGAAUACAAAGUCCUUUUUAAAUUUAAACCAGUUUGUUUGUGGUUUUGUGGCCUGGUGUCUAUUUUGUACUAAACUGCCUCUGCUCUUUCCUGGUCCUGGUCCCGGUCCUAGUCCUGUCCUGGCCCUGGUCAUUUGGAGGAUCAGUUUGUUUGUUUCCUGGUUUAUUGGUCGUCAGUUCAGUUUCAUGUUUUCACGGCGGACGCGAUGACGUCGCCCUUUAGUUUGGAGGAAACAAACAAACAAACCGUUGGUCUGUUUUUCUACGAGUUUAACGAAAAGUUGAGAUGUUUCUAUGCAUCGCUGCAAUAACUGAUCCCCCGAUCAGUCGCUGAUUGGCUGGCUGUGGUUCUGUUUGUGUUAUUUGUUUUAGUUUUUUGACAGAUCCUAUAGAUACAUACGUUCAUGUCAAUGUUUCUUUGGAGUCGAGCGACUCCUCGCAGCAAAAGUCAAUAAAAGCUUUUUCUUUUUCUG